GUGGCAUUUGGCAACGCUGUGUCCGUCAACGAUUUUUCUCUUUGCCGUUGCGCGAACAGAGCGAAGUCUGCCGGUGUGCGCCGGUGCAGAGUGUGCUGUGUUGCCGUAGGGGCGAGCAACUGAGAAGCGAGCGUCCUAAUUGCUAUGUUCUGUCUUCUGCUGCCUUUUCCCCGCUGAUAAACGCUAGACGUUCGCCAUGGUCGGUUUCGUCGCUUGUGGGCCCAACGAAGCUCUGGUCGUGUCUGGGUGCUGCCAUGCCCACCCGCUGUUGGUUCCUGGAGGCAGGGUCUUCGUUUGGCCCAUUAUCCAGAGAGUGCAAAAGAUCAGCCUGAACACCAUGACAUUGACCAUCGAAAGCCCCAAGGUGUACACACAACAAGGUGUUCCUAUAUCAGUCACAGGCAUAGCACAGGUAAAGAUUCAGGGCCAAAAUGUGGAGAUGCUGCGAGCUGCAUGUGAGCAGUUUCUGGGCAAGAAGGAUGAAGAGGUGAUGCACAUUGCACGUGAGACCCUUGAGGGGCACCAGCGUGCCAUCAUGGGCACCAUGAGUGUUGAGGAGAUCUACAAAGACCGCAAGAAGUUCUCCAAGCAGGUGUUUGAGGUGGCCUCAUCCGACCUCGUCAACAUGGGCAUCACGGUGGUAUCCUACACCAUCAAGGACAUCAGCGAUGACGAGGGCUAUUUGAGGGCAUUGGGUAUGGCCAGAACGGCGGAGGUCAAGCGAGACGCCCGCAUUGGAGAAGCCGAAGCGCAGAGGGACUCUCAGAUCAAGGAGGCCCUGGCUGAGGAAGAGCGCAUGGCAUCACGCUAUCUUAAUGACACUGAGAUAGCCAAGGCUCAACGUGACUUUGAACUAAAAAAAGCAGCUUAUGACAUGGAGGUUAACACCAAGAAAGCGGACAGUGACCUGGCAUACAGCCUGCAAGCAGCCAAAACGCGGCAGCGCAUCAAAGAGGAGCAAAUGCAGGUGCAGGUGGUUGAGCGUUCCCAAGAGAUACAGGUGCAAGAGCAAGAGAUCAUGCGGCGUGAGAAAGAGCUCGAAGCAACUGUGCGCCGUCCUGCUGAGGCUGAGAAAUACAAGCUUGAGAAAAUGGCGGAAGCCAAUCGUAACCGUGUCAUUAUGGAGGCUGAAGCAGAGGCGGAGGCUGUCCGACUCAAAGGAGAGGCAGAGGCAUUUGCCAUUGAGAGCAAGGCACGUGCUGAAGCAGAGCAGCUGAUCAAGAAGGCAGAUGCAUUCAGAGAGUACAAGGAGGCUGCGAUCCUUGACAUGAUGCUGGAUACACUGCCAAAGGUGGCAGCAGAGGUUGCAGCACCCAUCUCCCAGUGCAAGCGCAUUGUGAUGGUGUCCUCUGGUAAAGGUGAGGUUGGAGCAGGCAAGCUGACGGGUGAGGUGAUCGACAUCAUCACCAAGACUACCAGCAUGGUUCACCAACUGACAGGCGUCAAUGUGGGCUCGGUCUGUGGCAAGGACCGAAAUCUUGCCUCAGCAGCUGCCUGGAACACCAAGACUGCCCAAGCUGCCAUGUGAAGAGGUGCCACCUGCUUCAGCUGAUGACUAUUGAAGACUGUUUUGCGCUGGCCAAUCUAAGUCGUGCACUUUGUGAUGUUAGCCUGUUAAGCAGCACCUUGAGGUUGCGCACUUUGCCUGUUUCUGCUCGUUUAAUAAUGGUGCACAUGGAUUGAAAGAUAGGUCAUGCUUUCUCCUUUUUUUUAAUCAUUAGUAUUAUUGUAAGCUUGUGUUCAGACAUUGAACAGUUUUACAAGUUAUUUGUGUGGUAUAAUAUCUUUUGUCAUCUGCGAGAAAGUUUUGAAAGAGCCUACAAAGCGAAACUUUUCUUUUUGUCAUAGUUUACAAACUCAUUUGUAAACUUUUCUUUAGCUUGCAUUUAAAAGUGUAGCCAUGUCAGCUGGACUGCUUCAGUAUAAGUUAAAUGAAUGGUUGCACAUUUAAUGUUUUAAAAGUGUGUAGUGACAGUGUCUUUUGCCAAAAAAAAAAAAAACUUUUACGGCGUCACAGUAACUAUAUAUAUUAUUUACAUGAAACAGUUUUAUCCCUUUUUUUUGCUAUUUUUAUACCUAUUGCUGAGUUCCAAAAGUUCUGCUUGCAAAGUCUUGCAGUAUGGCAGUGUAAUUUGUUAAAGUGCGUCUCUUACAGCUGAGUUAUUCACAGCUAAAUGUAUCUGCCAGUAAGAGCAGCAGCCGUAAUCUCAAUGCAUGCUUCAAAAAGAAAUGCACAAUCAGUGUCACGAGCUAGCAUAUGUCAUGGUCUUAUGCCGUGAUUGCUAGAGAAGCUGUGGCGUAUCCCACCUAGUCGUAUCUGCUUUGAAGUUUGUUUUAUUGAAAGAUUUAGUUUUGUGUUCUUUUUUGUGGGAAAUCACUUUAACCGUAAGCGCAUGUCAGUGGCAGCUUUCAUAAUGUGCAUGCUACAGCUUGAAUUGUAUAUAAGACAGCAUGUAACCAUGUACAUCUGGCUCAUGGUACUGCAAGCAGAAAGUUUAUGUAAUGAUACUCUUUGCACUGCUUUUUAAAAAAGGGGCAAAAUAAAGCAAGAAAUGUGGAGUUCGUUUUUUUCCUUUUUGUUACAAUGGCCGCCAAGCUUUUUGCACACUUUUGUAUCUUGUAACAGAAACCUGUGCAGUUCGUUAAUGUGUCCUGUGCUGUAGGAUGGCAGACUGGGUGAGUUGGUUGAAAUGCAUGGUACUUGAACAAUGGCACAAAAGACUGGACCGAAGAAGAAGAGAGAUACAACGCAUGUCUUUCGUGCUGCUCUUCAAGUACCAUGAGUGUCCUGUGCAGAUGUUCUAGAAGGGUGAUUCAGGUAAAUUUAAUGAAGUAGCUGAUGUUUCAGUGAUUUCCAGCCUUAUGUAGCCCUUAAGAAAAUCAUUCAAAUGAGAUGAAAAGUAAGGAUACAGCUUCCUAAAAACUACUGAAAGAGCUCACCAGUCACUAUGCUUCUAAGUUCUUGGUGGGAUUGAAUAAAGGUUUUUCUGCUUGUUUGUUCUUUGAGGAACAAACUCCUUUAGAGUCCAUUGAAAGGUAACCGCACAAGAAGUCUGCACACUGAAAGAAAAUCCUCUAAUGAUCGCCUUACGCAUCUUAAUGUAUUCAAGUUUGAGUUCAUUUUAUGACAUUGCCACUGAGCAUUUGUGUUGACCACAUGCUGUGUGCCACUUGAAGAAAACGCACAUAUUUAGAGGAUGUGUGAAGGCUCUGCCCUUGGAAUCUUCAUAGCAAGAAUUACCAUAAUGGACUCUACAACUUAUCUGUACUUUAUCUUGUGUUUACAACAUCCCGGCCGUGGCGGCUGCAUUUUCAGUGGAGGUGAAAACGCUUGUGGCCUGUGUGCUUAGAUUUAGGUGCACGUUAAAGAACCCCAGAUGGUCGAAAUUUCCGGAGCCCUCCACUACAGCAUCCCUCAUAAUCGUAUCGUGGUUUUGGGACGUUAAACCCCAGAUAUUAUCUUAUGUUUACAACAAUAUCUUUAGGAGUAUGUAAUUGUAUAGAACGUUCCUUCUUGUCUUCCCUUUGUUUCUUUCCUCUGUUGUGAUAAAGCUUUUAUGUUGUGUUCCCUUUUCGUUAUUACUCAGCUAAGAAUGUUAUUGUGUGUCAAGUUUUAAUAUUAAAAGGUGACCUGUUUUGUAUGAAAGGUGUGUGUGUGUGUUGCAUUGUCAUGCAUGCUAACUGCGCCAUAUGCAUUUGCACUGUGGUUGAUGUGAAGUGCUUGCUCUGCCAAAUAUAAAGGAUGAAAAAUGUCCUGUUCGUCUCCUGCCAGUGGAUUCAUUGUUCCAGUGACAUGCAAACACAGACUGGUGACAAGUCCUUAUAAUCAUUUCAGCACUAUUUAGGAACCAGCUCCGUAGUGCUAUUCUUUUAUUUGACAUACUCUUGUACUGAAUGCGAAUGCUUAAAAACGUAUUGCAUGAUUCCAGUGAUGUGCAUUGUUGGUCAAGUUGGUGCUUAUUGUAGGAAACAAUAGCUUCAAUGUAACAAAAGCAGUCUUUUUGCACAUUCAUAUGUGCUGCAACGAAGCUGACACUUUGAAGCUGUUAUGUCUUACAGUAGUUCCAAUCAUUAGCUUCAGCUAUUAUCAGUUUGCUGGUAUCCAGUAUAUUAGAUUUGGUUCAUUGUUGUAGAAUGCACAAAGGUGCUUUCUGAAUAUUUUUGAGUACACAUUUAGCAUAAAUGGUUGAAGACAUUUUCUGUUAUUGUGUACUUGAUAGCAUAUGGCACCUGUCUCUCCAUAGGCUUAAAAUUCAUUAAAGCUGCAGUGAAAGAGACUGUUACUUGCACCCUUGGCAUGCCAAACUGCUGUAGCAGCUUGGUGUUAACAGCAUGUACAGCUUUGGACAAGUUUUGCCUGCUCAAUUUUAUGGAUGCCAUCCAUUGUUGUAGCAAGAUGUUUGUGUAUUACAUGCAAAAUCAUUUGCCUCCCACUUUUAAGAGUGCAGUGGCAGCAGAGUUGGCUGUAUGUGCACAAUUCACAGCUUCUUUAAGCCAGCCUAAUGAAGCAGAUUUUCUACGGCAACUACAACUUUUUCAAUUAUGUCACUGCCUGCAAAACUGAUCUGACAUCGCAUCUUGGCUUACUAGGAACUUCUCUCGGCACUCUCUAUUGUCGUGUUGUUGGCGCCUCUGUGAUGACGCAUGCUUCAGCCACAGUGGACUGCACGCAUCUUAUGUUUCACAUUCCACAGUGUUAACUACUUAAUGACAUUUUAAAUGAAGGAAAAGGCCCUGUUUUAGUACUGUGUGGCUACUAGGAAAAUGUCCACCACAUGGAAUAAAUCUUGUACAUUUGUGUCUUGUGGUUAGUGUAACACUAUGAAGAACAUUUCCCUUUCCUUUUUAGUUCAAUUUUCAUAGCUGUGCCUAACUGAAGCCAAUACAGUUGCGUACUUCAUGGCACAUUCUCGCUGCUCUACAAAUUACCAGCCCUGCCAUGUAACCUUUGUGAAGCCACUGUGCGCUGCGUUUAAGUACGUCGUAUUUGAGCGAUUUGAAAUCUGAAGAGUAUAUGCCUGUCCUGUGCUUUAUUGUAACAGCCUCUUCAUUGCAUUUUAUUUCUCUUCUGAGUAAAGUCUGCUCGUUGUACUGGAGUGUGUUACACUGCAUGUGCAUAUGAGUGUCCAAGCUUAUAUAAAGGCCUUGGUUGCUUUAAAAGCUCUUCAAAAUUGAGACCCUACACUUGCGUAACAUGCUGUUACAACAGCGAUUGUGCAAAAUAUUUGGGCUGCACUUACAGAUGUUUUGAAUUGCCUAGCUGGAAACAAGAUUUUCAUGUGCUGAGAAUACAUUAACAGCGCAGCAAGCAGCUGGCAGCAACUGCAGCUUCACCUCUAGGUCCUUCUCUUUGUAUGUGCUUUUUGUUAGCAGCUGGGUGGUACAGUUUACCACUGCUGGAGAUAAACUGCCAUAGCUGCAAAACAGCCUGCAGUCUGUUUCCCAGAAGUUCCACAAUAUGAUUUAUGUAAAGCUGUCACUACCACAUUCAGCCAGGUUCUUCCCAACAUUCUUUAUCUUUUGGUGAUAGAUGGAAGGAAUAAAUUCAUAACCAGUUUUUUGGCCCAAGAAAAUUGCUAGUUCUGUACACCCCAGUUCGAGUGAUGCACAAAUAGGUACACAUUUGUUGGGUAUAAACUUGGCUGAUCUAUCAGCGUUGGAAUUCUUCGCAUUUGCAGUAUGAAGCCUGGAGGUUGCAAUUAUAUUUCCAUAGUGGGCUGAUGCUUCAUAGCACGUCGUAUAGUAUGUCCUUGCAGCGCAAUUUUCGCUUGUAGAGCCAAGCUUAAGAGCCACGUGUUCCAAUCUUCAAAGCCUUCAUGCAACAAAAAAUUUUGAGUCUUAAGAAUUGUUUGUAGUCCUAAAAUAUUAAAUACAGGUCCCCCCCCCCCCCCCCCCAAAAAAAAAAAAAAAUUGCUGUCAAUCUGUAGUGGCAGGAACUUCAGCAUUCAGCACGGUAUGGAGUUCAUUGUUCAAAAGGUACAGUUAAAAUGUGAAAGGUCCAGUAGUGUCACCUACCCAGCUGUAAAAUUGUAUGCAUAAUUUUUUGUUUGGGGGGGGGAAUUCUGAAGUAGUACAUGUAUAUGUUAAGACUAUAAGAAAUACAGCUCCUUCUCGAAGUUGGUUUAAAAGAAUAAUUAGCGAAGUUAUGCUCUUCAAAACUUGUACAUCAAGUAAUAGGCUUGUUGUGCAAUUUUCCUUGAAAAAGUUCCUUGCAAAAUUAGACUGGACAAACUUGUUCAGCACAUGAAAACCUUAUAAGAUCAAAAUGCUGCGCUGCUGCUAGAAUCCAGUUAACAAAUCGUGAUUUGUUCUCUAGAGAGUAAGAAGCACACCUGAGGGGAUCUUCGAGUGGUACAAGAUACUGUUUACCACUGCCAUUGCUACUUAAGCUGUAUAGACUAGUACAUUGCAAAAUGUACACUAUGUGAUUAAUGCAGACUGAUGUGAACGGACACUGAGGAUUCAUGUGCACAAGCUUAACAGCUCACAGUUUUUUUAAUGAGGCUGAAUAGAGUAGCAGUAAGCACAAUGUGCAAGUGUGGGGCACUUUUGGUUCAUUUUCAGGAACACUUUUGCGAUUUGACUAGCACUUGAUGCAUUGCAUCUAUGGGCAACAGCAUUUCUGGCACACUGCUGAGUGUGUGUGUGUGGCACGGUGCCAGAAACUCUGCAGACCAUAGAUGUUGACAUAUCCAGUGCUAGUCACAAGAAAUCUUGCAAAAGUAUACCUAGUGUACUUAUGUACAGUGAGCAAUUGGGGCUAGGCUUAACUUCUCUUGUGUGGCUUUUCUAACUCUCUCGAAGGUUUCUCCAUUGAGCAGUGACUUGUGAAAAUGUCAUAGUUGGCAGCUCUGUGGUGCCACAGAAGCAUAAUUGCAUGCUUACAGCUGGCAGUAAUGAGGGAUGGAAUGUGUUGCUCUGAACUACUACUGUGAGUGGGAAAGUUGAGUUUCUAGCCAGGAGAAAUGUGUUCAUCAGCAUUCAGCCUGCAUUUUUCACUUGCGACUGUCUGGCAGUGCUUAUGACUGUCUGCCGUAUGUGUACUCUGCUCUUGAAGCAGAAAAACGUCCAUCCUUCCAGAAAAAGUUGUAGAACAUAGUCUCAAUACUAUUGGUAAACUUGUUGACUGUCCUGUCCCCUGUUCCUUUUAUUAAUAAACAUGGGGGGGAAAAAAAAAGUAUUUUUAUGAUGUUCCAGUCUGUCGGAUGUGCUUUUUUCUUUUAUAUGGCUUGGUUGUUGCAUGUUUGCAGCCAGUCAAAGACGGUGCAAACACUGGUAACGUCCAGAUGUUAGCUUAUGCAUAUAGUAGGUAUUUUAUGUGCAUGGUAGCAAUAGCCUUUAGCCUAGCGCUCUGUGUAUUGACCCCUUGGUUUUAUUUUGUCGGCUGGUGCUGUACGUCUUGUGAGAAAUAAAAAUAUUUACAAAGGCUGU